GACAGGAGGCUCCGCUAUAGCUGGGAAACAGUGACACCUAGUGGUGGAAUGCGGGAACUGCACCACCUUCACAUUUACAUAUUUUAAAUUAUUCUGACAAAUAGGAAUGUAUUUUUUGGACAUUUAAAGGCCACAAAAUGACAAAUCCUGCCCGGAGAUUGUGAAGAUGUGCUUCAAAAAGACAUAUAGGUGUAAAUCUGACCGACGUUUAGAAUGUAGGUCACAGUUUUAAUUUUAGACCAGGAGCACCUGUCCUUGUUAGUACCACCAUGGUUGUAGUAAAGCCUCAGCGGGGUUUGAAAAUAAAUGCUGACAGCAGAAAUUAAACAAAUGGAUAGUUUCAGAGCAGUGUUUUGAAAACUAGUUAACAAUGAGCAGCGUGCAGGAAAAUAAUGCCAUUCCUCCUGCUACUCCUUCUAUAAGAGACCUAGAGAGGGUUUUGUAUGGAGGUAAAAGGUUUGGUAAUCACGUGGAUGAAGUUUGGCCUAACCUGUUCAUUGGGGAUAUGUCAGUGGCCAAUGAUCGCUACAGUCUAUGGAAGCUGGGAAUCACUCAUGUUCUGAAUGCAGCUCAUGGGAGGAUGCACUGUCAGGGGAGUCAUGACUUCUAUGGAUCCACGGUGGAUUAUUAUGGAGUGCCUGCAGAUGACUCACCGUCUUUUGACCUCUCUCGCUAUUUCCUUCCCUCUGCUGAGUAUAUUAAGACUGCACUUGGCACGACCGGUGCUCGGGUUUUCGUUCACUGUGCAGUCGGUGUGAGCAGGUCUGCCUCCCUCGUCCUGGCCUAUCUAAUGAUCCACCAUCAUUACACCCUUCUAGAGGCGAUCAAUAAGGUCAAAGAGCGCAGGUGGAUUUUUCCAAACAGAGGAUUCCUCAAGCAGCUUUGUGCUUUGGAUAUAAAACUGCACAAGACCUCGUGAGUGCACUUCAAAAAUGAAUUGAUAUUCUAAUUUGCGGAACCUCACACACCAGUUUUCCUCCAGACAAAUGAUGGAUUCAGUAUCUGCCAGUGGAGGGAGAUGCUGUGCUUCCGCUUGAAUUACUUUGUUUCAGGAAUGGUAUUGAGUCAGAUACAUUUCCCCUGACUCUGGUGCUGUGUUUAAUGUGAAUCAUGCUGCCUUUUUGCAAGAUAUUGACCCUCAUGUUAAUGGAACAUCGAUGUAAUCAACUCACUUUAAGGCAAAAUCAAUUUUAAAGACUGAAUACGAGGCAAAAUUGCUUCUUUAACCCUCGUAUAACGCUGUAGAAAAAUCACAUCCAUUAUGUUGCAAGUCAAAUUAUUCUGCGAGGAGAAUUCAUUUUGAAACAGUUUCAGAUUUUGGUGAUGUUUUAAAUGUUAUACUCAACAUUUGAAGUAUUAAAUUUAAUUUGUGACAUAAUAUCUAUGUCAGGCCGGUUAGAGUUGUUUAGUUAUCUGCUUUAAAAGUCUAUGAGAAUGUAAACAAUAAAAUGCUGCUCCAGUUUGAGGACUUUAAUGUACACACCAUUAUUGC